ACAACCGAGUGCAGCUUGAUGGAGUCGGGACGCCCAGGGCUACUGGGGCCGGAUCCGGGAACGCUGAGCCCACAGCAACUGGAGCAGUUGCGAGAUUUCAAGAUCCAGACUCGGAUCGCAAAUGAGAAGUACUUGAGAACGCACAAAGAGGUGUCCCUGCUCAUCAGCGGCUUCUUCAGAGAAAUGUUUCUGAAGAGACCAGACAACAUUCUUGAAUUUGCUGCAUACUAUUUCACGGAUCCAAGACUUCCCAACAGAAUUCACAUGCAGCUAAUUAAAGAGAAGAAAAGAACCUAAUUAGCCACAAUGCUCAGCUGCUGGGAGAAGCCAGAAGGGAUCCAGCCUUGGGGUCGCUGGAGUCCUGAGAGCAGUGUCUGUCGCCAUCAGUGUGGGCUUCCAAGCUGUGUGGACCUUCUAUCACAGGGGCCUUUAAGAUCUCAUUAAAUCCAGACCUGCCUGCCUUCUCUCUUAUUUGCAUUUGAAGGGAGGAGAGCUGUGUGCAUGGAGGCCUGCUGUGCCUGACUGGACCCUUUUCUCCUUGAGGUGGUCAGGGGUAGGGCAGCUAGGGACCAUUCCCACUCCAGCCACUUCCCAAAGCACAGAGUUGGGGGAUACUGAGCGAGCCAUAGCUAGUUGUGGCGGGGUGACAGCAGGCAGGUGCUUUCUUCGGCACCCAGUCUCCCGUGACCUUCUCACAUGUAAGGUGGUGCUUUACUUUGCUUUCCAAAGAAGCAAUAGUGAGAAAAAUUGGGCUGGAAGGACAUCAGGGGAGAUGGACCCAAGAAGCCCAUGAGUGUUGUGAAAUACACACCUGAAAGAUGGCCGGAAAGUAGAGGACUUUGUUCUUGGGGACUUUGGAAGCAAGCCGGUUUAGGAGCCGUGUGUGUGUGUGUGUGUGUGUGUGUGUGUGUGUGUGUGUGUUGUACGUCUUUUAGGUUUGUUGCUCAGUCCAGUCUUUGGCCUCUGCAGUCAGCUGACUCCACCGUAUAGAGGAACUCUCCUGUGUUUCACGUGUCCACAUCACCAUGGCAACAGAAGCAGGGCCGAGUGUUAGUUGUGCGCUCUUGCUCCUAGCUGCCCUCGAUUGCAGUGGUGAAGAGGGCAAGGGAAUAGGAAGGCUCAGAACCGUGUCAGUUGUGACCUGAAACCCUUGGAGGCUGGUUUGGUUUAGUUUUUAGAAAGGGUUUCACUCUGUAGCCCAGGCUGACCUCAAAGUUGCCAUGAUCCUCCUGCCUCAGUCAUGGCCUUUGAAGGUGCUGGGGAUUAUUUGCUGCUACACCUGGCUCUAGAGGAGUUAUCGCUGUGCUUUCAGAAUUAUACUGCGGCAUCUCUGGCGUGGACAGAGCUGUCCUUGCUUAGGAAAUACCCGAGCAGGAGGCUGGGGACGCCCGCUUUGCACACUGGAGGACCUGAGCUCAGAACUCACAUUAAAAAACCCCCAAGUGUGGUGUGCACUUGUAAUCCCAGAACUGGGGGAGCAGAGGAAGGUGGGUUCCUGGGGCUUCCCGGUAAGCCAGACUAACUUAGUGUGUGAGUUCCAGGCCAAUGAAAGACCCUGUCUCAAAAAUAUAAACAAAACGAAAUAAAUAAAUAAAAGUCGAUGGUGCCAGAAGAACCACCCUGGAGGCUGCCCUCUGGCCUGCACACCGUGUGUGUGUGUGUGUGUGUGUGUGUGUGUGUGUGUGUGCUAGAGAGCUGGCUCAGUGGCUAAGAGCACGGAUUGCCUUUCCUAAAGGUCUGAGUCUGAUUCCCAGUAGCCAUAUGAGGCAGCUUACAACUGCUUGUGACCCCAGCUCUGACCUCUCUGACCUCAGCAGGCACUUGCAUUCAUGUGCACAAUCUUUAAAAAAAAAAACAAAACAAAGAAAGCUUUGAUCAGAAAACGUACAUACAGUGAAGCCCUUUUACGUGAGGUGUUGUAUUAGACUCCUGGGCCCACCCCAGCGAGAAGAACCUGAGGAGAUGGGAUUAGGGAGCAGGGGAAUCGGAGGUGCUCGAAUGCCUGCUGUAAUGCUGGGGGAGUGCCCACAGCCUUAUCCUUGGGGCAGGGUCCCUGAUAACAACGAGGAAAUGUUUGUCCUC